GUAUCUACUCCAUGUUGUCUAUUACAUCACUGUUUAAUUACUAUUCUAAUGUUCUUCAAGUCCUUGUCUUUUCUUGGCUGAACUUCUUAGGUUUCUUUGUUCUGAUUUGCAAUUUCUCUUAUUUAUUCAUAAAACAUUUGUAUAAACUAUAUUGAUUUAAUUGUUCUGGAGCCAUAGAUAUAUAAUGUCCAUCCAAACCGCAUUAAUAUUAUCAAAUCAUCGUGUGCCGAGCGGCAGAUCGGCUUGAUAACCUUGAUAACAUCAACAUAGUUCAAUGUCAAUGUAUCUGUACUUGAUUUUUGGUGUGAGCAUUUAUCAAAUGCGUCAUGCGUGAUGCUUGCUAUAUAACAUGAAAUGCUUUAUAAAUUUAGAGUAAUCUGUUCGUUUAUGUUUGAAUCGUUGCGUAUAUAUUGUAAUAAACUAGCACCGGGUACCAUCUACCAGCAAACAACUACAUUUGAGAUCCCAGAUUGUGAGGUUUUCUGCAGCAAUUUUAGAUGGCAAACAAGGUGUUUUCUUUUGGAGAGGAGUUUGGCUUUGAUGCAGUUGAAGAUAACUUCAACUGGUCCGAGAAAGUUUGGGAGAGUAUGGACAAGGUGAAUGGUGGGAAAUACUUCCAUCAAGAGGAUUUAUCAGAUGAAGAUUUCAAUUUCUCCCAACAUCAACAACAACAAGUAUCUUUCUCAGAAAAUGGGUUUCUUGAUGAUCUGCAGUUCCAUGCUGCAUCUCCACCGCUUCAUACAUGUUUAGAGGAAAUUGCAAAACUUGGUGAAUUCCCAACUCUAAUCCCAGAAGUUGAACCCCGGAAGAGGAAGCGGCAACGAUUUUCUUUAGCCUCCCUUGAGCUCCUAAAAAAUUAUGGAAAUAGGUUCAAACAGUUUAAUGGGGACAGAGUAACAGAGCCAAGUAAUGAUGUCGCAUGCACGAAGGUGGAAGACCCGAAACUGUCAACUGAGGAAAUCGUGAGGCUAGCUGGCGCAAAGUUCAUCCAGUCCACUUCCCAAGCCGCCGAUGGUCCGUCCGGGCUUAGCCAUCCUUUUCAUCUUGACUUCUGUGGCCUUUCCGAUGAGGAGAGAAGAGAUGUGGAGCUGGCUGAAUCCCUUUUUGCUUCUGCUGAAAAGGUGGGCUCCCAACAGUUUGAGCGUGCAAGGAAGUUUCUCAACCAGUGCGAUCACUUGUCUUCCACUACGGGGAACCCCGUCCAGCGAGUAGUUUACUAUUUUUCUGAAGCUCUGAGAGAGAAGAUUGAUCGUGAGACAGGAAGAAACACAUCAAAAGACUCGGGAAAAAGACCAUCUAUCAAUGUUGAGGAGGAAUUAAUGAGUUCAAGCCCCCCCACGCUUGCAGCUCAUGAAGAACUUCCCUUUUCCCAGGUUACACAAUUUGCAGGGAUUCAAGCCAUCAUAGAAAACACGGUGGAGGCGAGGAAGAUUCACAUAAUUGAUCUUGGCAUCCGUAAUGGGGUGCAAUGGACGAUCUUGAUGCAAGCCCUUGCAACUAGAUGUGAAUGCCCUCUUGAGCUUCUUAAGAUUACUGCCGUUGGAACUACUUCAAAACAUUUGCUCGUGGAAACAGGUAAGAGGUUGGCAAGUUUUGCGCAGUCCUUGAACUUGCCAUUUUCUUUCAACGUGGUUAUGGUAUCAGACAUGCUAGAUCUCAGAGAAGAUCUUUUCGAGCUAGAUGCUGAUGAAACAGUUGCCUUUUAUUCUGCAUACAUACUGAGGAGCAUCAUUACUUGGCCAAAUCAACUGGAAUCUAUAAUGAAAGUGGUAAGAAGCAUCAAUCCAUGCAUUAUGAUUGUCACUGAAGUUGAGGCAAGCCACAAUUCACCUGCUUUUGUGAGCCGUUUCGUUGAAGCUCUUUUCUUCUUCAGUGCAUUCUUUGAUUGCCUAGAAACUUUUAUGAAACGGGAUGAUCAAAACAGAAUGAUCACAGAAUCAAAGUUCUUCGGCGAGGGAAUCAGGAAUAUAGUGGCAGCAGAGGGAGAGGAAAGGAAGAUCAGGCAUGUAAAGAUUGAUGUUUGGAGAGCUUUCUUUGCUCGGUAUGGAAUGGUGGAGACAGAAUUGAGCAGGUCGUCCUUGUACCAAGCAACCAUUCUGGUUAAAAAAUUUCAUUGUGAGAAGUCUUUCACGCUUGAUAUGAACGGGAAAUGCCUGAUUACUGUGUGGAAGGGUACUCCAAUUUGUUCUCUUUCCGCCUGGAAGUUCCUUUCACAACAGCAGAAAGGUCAAUGACCCUGUUAAUGUACAAAUACCAUGUUGGGAAAUUCAAUGUCAAAGACUCAAAACAUGAACAGCUAGCGUGCAUGUUGAUAUAUAAAUGCAGUUUGU